AUGUCCCCGACCAAAACCAUCCUCAUCACCGGCUGUUCCGCCCACGGCAUCGGCUCUGCUCUGGCUCUGGCUCUGGCGCAGAAGGGCCACCACGUUUUCGCCACUGCGCGCCAUCCAUCCAAGAUACCCGUCUCCCUUUCCUCCCUCCCUAACGUCACCCCGCUGCAGCUAGAUGUCACAUCGACUACGUCUGCGUCGGAAGCCGCCAAGGCAGUCGAGGAUCACGGAGCCGGACUGGACAUCCUAGUAAAUAAUGCCGGGUCGGGAUAUACGAUGCCGCUGUUGGACGCAGACCUGGAGACGGCGCAGCAGGUGUACGAGACGAAUGUUUGGGGCGCGGUUCGUAUUGUCCAGGCGUUCUCGGGCCUGUUGAUCGAGAGGCGUGGGCGGGUGGUGAACGUAUGCAGUGCUGAUGCGGUGAUGAAUGCGCCUUGGGUUGGGAUAUAUAACUCCUCCAAAUCCGCCCUGGCCACCCUCUCCGAAACCCUACGACUCGAGCUCGCGCCUCUCGGAGUCACGGUGGCCACCUUGAUGGUCGGCGUCGUGCUGACCUCGUUCCACGGCAACGAACCGGAGUUCAACCUACUGGGUCCCUCGCGCUACUUAGCGAUCAAGGAUAUCAUCGCGCGCUGGGCAGCCGGGAUGGCAGGACCGAAGGGAUGUUCGAUAGGGGCGUUCGCCGAAUCGAUUGUGGACGAUGUGCUUGGGAACGAGAAUUCGAAAGGAGCUGUCCUGUGGAGAGGCCCUGGAUGUUUAGUGGCGAGGAUUGUUUCGGCGGUGGUGCCGAGAUUGAUAUCGGUGAGCUCUUGCACUGGUUCUACUGCUCUUACUACUGCCUAG